CUGCCGGAGGAGUUUGUUGUGCAUUUUUUUUUGGUGCGCGGCGUGCCACGGAUUACAACCACAACCAUACACAUAUGUACACACACUAAGCGGUCAAAUUAAGUUUUGUUUUUUUUUCGUUACCCAACUCGCAAGUGCCGUGCAAUUAUUUGUUCUAGUUCUGUUAACGUUAUCCGAAAUUGAAAAGCGUCGACACUUUUUGACAAACAACGCAACAGCCAUAGCGUAAAAUAGAAGAAGAAUCACAAACAACGAAGCAGCAAGAGCAAGAAAGCAAGAAAGAGGGGAAAAGCGAAGAAAGGGGGGCAGCAGAAGACACCACUGCGGAUGAAAUGUAGCAGAAUUCUUCCUCUUCUAAUGUUCUGUGUGCGGUGACGAAGUGACGCCAAAAGAAACCGAGCGAAGAAAGAGAGAGGGAGCUCAAAAAACAUAAAACACAAACUCACACGCUGGCAGAACGGUUAACUGAAACGCAAGGCAACAACAAAGCAACAAUGAAUCAACCGGUUUGAGGAUCGCAUCAAAACCGCAACAUUUCGACCAAAUUCGAUCCAGAGAUCAUCGUCAGCAGAGGGAGCAGAGAUCGGAAGCCCAGGAGCGAAGGAGUCCGGGAGAGUAUCGUUUCCACACUGACCCUUGACCCCCGGAGCGAAGCGGAGGAGAGUGAGUCGAGAGCAGCGAGCACGAGCACACCGGAGCCAUGGACUGGGCCGAAGGUGAUCUGGUCUGGUUCGACCCGGGCAUGGGCCAUCCCAUUCCCGGCGAGAUCCAGGAGGUCCAUCGCGCUGCCCAGGUGAUCGUCGUCCAGGCGCUCAUCAAAGGCAAGCCACAGACGUUCGCCCUGCAGCCCGGCGAGGGCAGCCUGCGUGCCCGCCAGGAUCUGGGCAGCAGCGGGGUGGAGGACAUGACCCUGCUGGACGACCUGCACGAGGCGUCGCUGCUGUGGAACCUGCGCCUGCGCUACGACAAGGGCCUGAUCUACACGUUCGCCGGCAGCAUCCUGAUCGCCGUCAAUCCGUACAAGAUGUUUCCCGACGCCUACGGCCUAGAGGUGGCCAAGCAGUAUGCCGGCCGUCCGCUGGGCUCCCUGCCGCCGCAUCUCUUUGCCAUCGGAGCGGCGGCCCAUGCCGCCCUGCCCUCGCCCCAGGUGGUGGUCAUCUCGGGUGAGAGUGGCUCCGGCAAGACGGAGUCCACCAAGCUGGUGAUGCAGUAUUUGGCGGCCGUCGUUCCCGGCGGUGGUUCCGCCUCGGCCGUCAUCACCGAGCAGAUCCUGGAGGCGGCUCCCCUGCUAGAAGCCUUUGGCAAUGCCCGCACCGCCCGGAAUGAUAACAGCUCGCGGUUUGGCAAAUAUCUGGAGGUCUACUUCAAGAGCGGCGCCAUCGUGGGCGCCAAGAUCACGCAGUACCUGCUGGAGAAAUCGCGAAUUGUUACGCAGGCGCCGGGUGAGCGCAACUACCAUGUCUUCUACGAGCUUCUCGGCGGUCUAUCCGAGACGGAGCGCUCCAAGUACGGCCUGCUGGAGGCGGACAAGUAUUUCUACCUGAACCAGGGAGCCACCGAUUGUGCGAGUGGUCGCGUGGACUGGGAAUCGCUGCAGGGAGCCAUGCAGGUGCUCGGCGUUUCCGAGGGCGAACGCGAGGGCAUCGUACGCGUCCUGGCGGCUGUGCUGCAUCUGGGCAACGUGUACUUCCAUCGCCGGCAGCUGCGUCAUGGCCAGGAAGGAGUGGAGGUGGGUUCGGAUGCGGAGAUCAAGUGGGCCGCCCACCUGCUGCACAUCAGCGCCGAGGGACUCCACCGGGCGCUGACCAGCCGGACGACGGAGGCGCGAGCGGAGCGCCUGCACACUCCACUCGGUAUCGAUCAGGCCUUGGAUGCCCGGGAUGCCUUCGCCAAGGCCUUGUAUGCCGGUCUCUUUAACUGGCUGGUGUCCCGUAUCAACUCGAUUGUCCAGAAGGGCGGCACCCACGAUGCCCAUCGCAUCAGCAUCCUGGACAUCUUCGGGUUCGAGGACCUCGCCGAGAACAGCUUCGAGCAGCUGUGCAUCAACUAUGCGAACGAGAACCUCCAGCUUUAUUUUAACAAGCAUGUUUUUAAGCUGGAGCAGGCGGAAUAUGCCAGGGAGCGACUGGAAUGGACACCUUUGGCCUGGGACGACAAUCUGCCGGUGAUCCAUCUGCUGGCCAAGAAACCCGUGGGCAUUUGCCACCUGCUCGACGACGAGUCUAAUUUUCCGCGUGCCACUGAUUUGAGUUUCCUGGAGAAGUGCCACUAUAAUCAUGCGCUCAGUGAGCUCUACGCUCGUCCGCGGAUCGGUGCCCAGGAAUUCGGGGUGACCCACUACGCGGGUCAAGUGUGGUACUGCGUGGACGGCUUUCUGGACAAGAAUCGCGACGCCCUGCGCGGCGAUGUCCUCGAACUGCUGGCCUCCAGUCGCCUGCCUUUGGUGGGUGAGCUGACCAAGCAGCUGCGUGCCCAGCGGGAUGCAGGGAAAACUCUACCCAAAGGAAGCAAUGGGAGGUUUGUCACCAUGAAGCCACGGACACCCACGGUGGCCGCCAGAUUCGCGGACUCCUUGCAGCAGUUGCUUCAGUCCAUGGGCCGUUGUCAUCCUUGGUUCGUGCGCUGCAUUAAGCCGAACCAGGAGAAGCACGCCCUGCGCAUGGACAUGCCGUGUGUGCUGCAGCAGCUGCGCUACCUGGGCAUGCUGGACACCAUCCAAAUACGGCAGCGUGGCUAUCCGGUGCGCCUGCGCUUCCAGCAUUUCGUGGAGCGCUAUAGGCAUUUGCUAUCCUCACCUUUGGCCAGGGGAACUCCCUACCGGGAGCUGUGCCGCGCUCUCCUGGAGGCCAUGCCACGGACAGGAGUCGAGGGACCCGAUUAUCAACUGGGCGCCACGAGGGUCUUCCUCCGGGAGGCCCUUCACCGAGCGCUGGAAAGCGGACGAACGGAGCGGCUGCGUCGGGCGGCGGUCAGUGUGCAGCGGCAUGUGAGGGGCAUGCUGGUGCGCCGCCAGUUGGCGCGUCGCCAGGCGGCGGCCACUCGUCUCCAGGCACGCUGGCGAGGUCAGCGGGAACAGCAGCGAUACGAGAAGAUGCGCCGGGGAGCCCUAACUGCCCAGCGAUUGUGGCGGGGAAGACAGGCCAGGAGGAGAGUGCACCAACUGCGAUCCGAUCAUAGGAGACGUCAGGAGGCCAGGGAGGCAGCUCAGAGGGCUCGCGAAGCCCGGGAAGCCAAACAGGCUGUGCUGGAACGGAGCCAACUGAGCUACCUGGACAUACCGGCCGAGCUGGCCUUCAUCUACUCCAAGCUGCAGGGCUGGUCGCCGCCGCACGGCGAUCGGCAUUUGGUCAAGGUGCUGGGCACUGUGCCGGGUCCACCAUCAUCCGCCGUCCAGCUGCCCGAGGAUCUGGGGCAGUUCUCCUUCGGCAAGUUCAGCAGUGUCUACUGCAAUGGCUUGAGAUUGCAGCCGCGAAGGGAACCCAUCACGGCGCCUUUACUGACCAGGGCUGCUUCGAGGGAUCAGGACUUCCAGGAUGCUUUGGCCGUUUUCAAGCUGAUCCUGCGCUGGAGCAACGACAAGGCGCUGGAGGGAGCCAAGGAGAAGCUGCUGGCCGACUAUAUUGUGCACAAGGCCCUGAGCUCGAGGGGAUUGCGUGAUGAGAUUCUGGUGCAGCUGUGCAAUCAGGUGCAUGGACUGCCGCCCACUUCGCCAGAGGCCACGCGAUUGUGGCAGCUUUUGGGGCAGUGCCUCUGCUGCUUCCAGCCAAGUGCCGCUUUUAGCAAGUAUCUGAUGAGAUUCGUGGAUGACGAGGCACCUGGGAACCUGAGGCCACUGCUCCUGCGUCAGUUGCUCCGCCAGCAGGGCAAUUCCUCCUCCUCAUCUUCAUCGACCUCUCUGUCCAGUGUGGGUGCCUGCCGGAGCUUCGUGCCCGCCUGGCUGGAGUGGCGUGCCUGGACGAGGGGCUGUGACAUGGCUUUACCACUGACUCUGCCCGACGAGGCCAGCCAAACGGUGGCCGUGGAUUCGUGGACCAGCUGCGAGGAGGCCGCCGCCCUGGCCGUCUCCUCGCUGGGCGUCGCCAGUCGCGGAUGGACCUUGGUCCUGGAUGAUGGCCAGCAGUUAACAGAUAGCUGCGGCCUGGACUACGUGAUGGAUUUGAUAGCCGAGAAGGAGCUGUGUCCCGCCUUUCCCGCUCCCCGCAGCGAUCUGUUGCGUUCGGGCGCCAAGUUUGCUAGAACGACGCUGCCGGAAGCGGUGAAACGACCUGCUGUACCGCCCCCUGCGCCACCGACGGUGAGUUUAGCCAGCAAGGAGGAAGUGCCGCGCGAGCGCAGGAGCAGCCGGGAGCUGCUCUCCAGGAGCUCGGCGCUUAACGAGCGUUACUUUGAGAGGGAACCGAGUCCAGGAGGAGGAGGAGCAGGUGGUCAGGGAUCACAGGCCAAGUCGCGCUCCAAGUCACUCGAUGAUCUGCUGGCCGGGGACAUUGCACCCUCGCAUCAAACGGUCGACUGCGAUUCCCAGGAACCGCUGCACACUUUGGGCCUCUCGGAGAGUCGCCUCAACGAUCGCUACCAUUCGGCGGAGCGACUGGCUCCGAUGGGCAAGGAGACGGCGCCGCGCUACCAGAAGUCCCAGCACGCCGGUCGUCGAUCCCAUGCCGCCUCGCACGGAUCGCACUCCUCGAAAUAUGCGGAUAAAGCCGAGUAUGCCACCCGGUCGUCGGCCAUGUCGGACACCAGUGAGGCGCCCUCGCUGGCCUCCCAUGUGCGCCGGGUGAGGGUUCCCUCGCAGGCCUCCGAUGUGGAUCAGUUCUUGGAUGAUCUGUUUAGUCCCGUGCUCGAUGGCUCCCUGGACGAGCUGUCCGAUGCCCGUUCCCUGGCGGCCAGCAUUCGCGGUGGUGGUGGGCAUCUAUCCAUGGAAGAGGAUGAGGGUGAAUCGGAGAUUGAGGAUCUGGAUGACUACAUCAAUGACAUCUUCCAACCGUUGCCCAUUCAGGAGACUUUGGAGAAGCUGAUUAAUAAGGAUCAACUGGCUACUAUCAUCAAGGGUGGCGGAGUGACUAGUAAUCCUGAAUCUGAGAUCGAUGACCUGGAUGACUACUUGAAUGAUAUAUUCCAGACUUUACCCAUCCAGGAGACCCUGGAGAACCUGACCAGCAAAGAAGAGCUGGUGGCCUGUAUUCGCGGCGGCGGCAGCACGGACAGCAAUGGCGGCGAUCCGCUGCUCCACCAGCUGAUGCAGCUGCCGGGUGAACCGGAAUCCGGUCCAGCUUUGUACCAGCAGCAGGUGCAGCGUGCUUUCCUGCAAUCCGCGAUGGCCCAGAAUCUGCAGAUCCAGCAGCAGCUGUUGGCCCAGAAUCAGGCACUCCAGACGCUGCUCAGCCAGCAGGCGGCAGCAGCGGCGGCUGCCAGUAGCUCCACCUCGCCACCGCCACCACAGCAGGCUGCUCCUCCACAGUCGCCACCGCCACAAGUGCAAUUGCAAUCUCCCAUGCGCAUAAAGACCACGCGAUCCAGUUUGGUGGUCAUGGAGGCACUGCAGCCGCCGCCACCGCCGCCGCCGCCACCGAUGCCGCCGCCGCUGGAGUGCAAGGAUCCCUCGGAGACGCGGCACUUCCUCGAUCCCUAUGGAAGGGCCAAAACGGUGCGGAUUGGCAAGUGGCGCUGGCCGCCGCCGCAGGAUGAGCCGCAGUUCCAGACGGAGGAGGACUUCUUCGCCUUCAAGAUGCGCCAGCAUCAGCGGAAGACUACUCCGCAAUCCCAGCACCACCAACUAGCCACCAAUGGAGGAGGUAUCAUAAUGGGGGAACCUGUUUCAGGAGGACGCGGAGCCACCGCCAUCGAGUGGGAGGAGUUCGAGAUCGAGAGUCCCACGCCGCCGCCCUUGAUGAGGAGCAGCAUCCGGCUGGAGACCACCACCAGUACCUCGAUGGCUACCAGAGAUGCCCAGGAUGGAGCGAUGCCCAUGCAGAGUGUGGUCACCACCAAGCUGGCCAAGAAGAGCUUCGAGAUUGGCGCGGAUCGUCCGCCGCCUGGAAGUGUGGGCAAACUGAAGCUCAGCUCCGAGAUGCGCCAGCGGUUGGAGCAAGUGACCGCCGGUCAUUCAGUGAGAUCCACGGUGUCCACCAAGUCGGAGCAGCGGGCGCCGGCCAAGCUGGAGGACACACGGAAGCUGAUGCUGCAGCAGCAGCUAGGAGGACUCUUUGCCAGCGUCACGGGAGGAGCCUCAUCAGGAGGAGGUCAAGGAGGAGCAGCAGGAGGCAUCGACACGGUGCGCAACCAGAUCGAGCGGAUGGAGGGCAAGCUGUCGCCGCCACCAGCUCCGCCGGGAGGUGCCACCUCCACUGGCUGGCCGGGAGUGCUCCUUCCGCCGGCUCCCAGCGUACCGGCACCGCCGCCGCCCAUCCGUCCGCCCAGCAUGGCGCCACCUGCUCCGCCACCGGCGCCACAGAGUCCUCCGACGGCCAGGAGUCCCGAACCGGAGCCCGACUACCGCUCCUCCAACCACCAGAGUCACCAGCAGGCAGCCGUCUCCGUCAAGGAGCACGUGCCCGCCUUCAUCCAGCGCCAGGAGCGCGACACCUUCGGUGCAGUGCGUCGGGAGCAGCAAAGGGAACUGCAGAUGAUUGGCGGCGGCGGCAGCCAUCACCACCAUUUGCACCUGGAGGAGCAUUCGCCGCACUCCUCCUCCUCGCUGGCGGCCGCUGCUGCCUGGGAUCAGGCGGAGCGAGAGCGUUCGCGCAGCCGCAGCAGGAGCAGGGAUCGCGAGGACUACUCCGAAUCGGUGUGGGAUCGAGCGGAGGUCGAGGGUCCCGCCUCUGGCAGUGGAAGCGAAAAGGAGCGCGAGAAGCGGGAGAGGGAGCGCGAACGGCUCUACGAGAUCCGCCAGGUGGAGCGAGAGCGGGAGAGCCACAAGGUCUACCAGCCGGCACCGCCUCGCGUGAUCCAGGCCAGUUUGGACACCACCACCAGGAGCAGCGGACUGGCCACCUUCCGCACCCACAUGGCCCAGAAGUACGAGCACGAGAGGAAGCGCAAGAGCUCGGCCAGUUCCGGGAUGCGCGAGGAGCUGGACGCGACGCCGCCGCCUGUGAUGGUGCCCGCUCCAGUGCCACCGCCGCCGGUUACUACCACCACCUCCUCCUCCUCCUCGAACAUUCCCGGAGGAUUGGGCGUGGUGGCCAGCAGCGCCUGUUUGACCUACAACCGGGUGCCCUGGAAGCUGCGCGUGCGCAAGGAGGUCUUCCAGCCGCACGAGCCCAUCGGUCCACCGGUGGCCCUGGAUCUGCUAUUUGCCCAGGUGCUGGGCGACGUCUUCGGGGUGACUCCCUGCCUGAGGAUCACGCCGCAGGAGAAGAGCUCGGCCCUCAAUAUGCUCCAUGGUCAUGGGGUCAGUGUGGAUACGCUAUCUAAUCGAAAUGGAGGAGGAGGAGGAUCAGGAGGAGGAGGAGGAACUGGAGGGCAGGUGCGCGCUUUGGUCAAGCGCCAUCUGGUGGACAUGGCCCGCGAUUGGCCGCUGUACUUCGCCCGACUCUUCGCCGUCCAGGGGGCGCCACUCUAUCCCGAUGUCAGCAUCAUGGGCGUCUCGCACAGCGGCCUCUACUUGGCCCGCCGGGAUGCCGACUACCUGAUCGUCGUGCAGGCCAUCUCCUUCGCCGAGAUCCAGAGCGCCGUCACCCUGCCGCGUCCGGCGGCCCUGCAGUUGAAUCUGCGCAAUGGGAAGCACCUGGCUCUCCACGCGGCACGCGCCGCCGCCAUCCAGUCGAUGGUCACCAGCUUUGUCCAGGAGUUCCGAAAGUCACAAUCGAAGGCCUCCACUUUGUCAUCGGGCGCCCGAGCCGCCGCCCAGACCCUGAAUGUGCCGCUGGAGCGCCUGGAGUCCCGCCAGGCGCACGCCCAGCGCAACGAGCACGGCGUGGAGGUCGGCGGAUCGCGCCAGAGCGACCAGGUGCAGCAGUCGGAUCUGCACCACCACCUGCAGCACCACCAACAGCAACAGCAGCAGCAGCUGGAGGACGCCCUGGAGGAGCAGCAGAUGGCCGCCGAGCAUCAGCAGCAGCAGCAGCAAAGUCAGGGCCAGCAGCAGCGCUUCCUGAAGCAGCAGAGCUACCUGCAUUCCGCCCGCAAGUCGAACGCUGGCCAGCAGCCCUCCUCCCUGACCAACGGACAGGUUCACCAGCAGGAGCAGAUCCUCCAGCAACAGCAGCAGCAGUCGCAGUCCCUGCCGCACCACGACCUGGACGCCAACUAUCUGCAGGACGACAGCAACGGCGGCACUCCGCCCUCGGUCACCAAGUACUCGCUGCUCCAGUUCGCCAUGCAGCACUUCCGCAACGACCAACUGAGGGACGCUGACCGCCACCAUGAACGGCACCAGUCCGCCGCGAAUCGCUCGUACGCGGAGCUGGUGAAGUGGCAGGGCCACGCCAUACGCCUGCCGCUCCUCCGACUGCCAAACGAUUUGGCGCCACUGGCGCUCGAGUGCUUCGACUGCAUCCUGCGCUACUGCGGCGACAUCCCGCUGGAUCCCGACCUCACCGAGGUCAAGUGCGUCUACACCGUGCUCAUGCACUGUCACAAAUACUUGGCCCUGCGCGACGAGGUCUACUGCCAGCUGAUGAAGCAGACGACGGCCAACCGUUCGCCGUGUCCGGACAGCUCGCAGCGCGCCUGGCGGCUACUCAGCAUCCUGGCGGCGUACUUCGGCUGCUCGGACGCACUGCGUCCCUACCUGAUGGAGCAUCUGACCUCGGCGGCCUCCGAUCGGCGGCGCUCGUGUCACGGCACCGCGGCCGUUUGCCUCACCAAUCUGCGGAAGACCGCUCGCUGCGGCGGCCGGAAGAAUGUGCCCAGUGUGGAGGAGGUGACCGCCGUGUCCGCCGGACGUUCGGCCCGCCGGCAGAUCUACCGCCUGCCCGGCGGAGCGGAGCGCGUGGUCAACACCCGCUGCUCCACGGUGGUGGCCGACGUCAUUGCCGAACUGUGCGCCCUGCUGGGCGUCGAAUCGGAGGCGGAGCAGCAGGAGUUCUCCCUGUACUGCAUCGUCCAGGGCGACGCCUUCACCAUGCCGCUGGCCGCCGACGAGUACAUCCUGGACGUGACCACGGAGCUGCUCAAGUCGGGGCAGCCCUUCUACCUGAUCUUCUGCCGUUCCGUCUGGCACUUCGCGUUGAAACGCGAACCCGCCCCCAUGCCGCUGUACGUGGAGGUGCUCUUCAACCAGGUGGCCCCCGAUUAUCUGGAGGGUCUGCUGCUGGAGCUGCCCGGCAAUGGAGUGCCGGUGCCGGAGAUGGUGAGGGAUAUGGCCAGGAUUGCGGCCCUGCUUCAUCGGGCCGCCGAUUUGAGUCAUGUGCCCGCGAUGAAGGAGAUCAAGUUCUUGCUCCCGAAGCCGGCGCUGGGCAUUCGGGAGAUCCGUCCCGCCCAGUGGGUGGGCCUCGUCCAGUCCGCGUGGCCACAGGUGGCCAACCUGAGUCCCGGCCAGGUGAAGGCCCAGUUCCUCAACGUGCUGGCCACCUGGCCGCUCUUCGGCAGCAGCUUCUUCGCCGUGAAGCGCAUCUGGGCGGAGGAGGGGCCGCAUGUGGAGGACAACCACAGUCCCAUGUGGCGGGACCUCAUCCUGGCGCUCAACCGGCGGGGAGUCCUCUUCCUGGACCCCAAUACCCACGAGACCCUGCAGCACUGGAGCUUCAUGGAGGUCAUCUCCACGCGAAAGGUUCGCUCGGAGGACGGCGCCCUCUUCCUGGACAUGAAGGUGGGCAACCUGAUGCAGCAGCGCGUCAUCCGCGUCCAAACGGAGCAGGCCCACGAGAUCUCGCGCCUGGUGCGCCAGUACAUCACCAUGGCCCAGAUCAGUCAGCGCGACAAGCGGGAGCUCAACUAGGUGGAACCCGAGAAUAUCGGGAUAAUUAUUAUAAUAAUUCUUAUUCGUAUCGAUAUUGUAUUGAGUUUAUUAUUUCUCCCAUAUUUCUACAUAUUUUUUUGUCGCUUCGUAAGUCUCCAUACCAGAUACAUAUAUUUAUUAACGCCCAUAUGCAAGAUACAUAUGUAUGUUUAGAUGUUUAUGUUGUGCUGGUUUCCGAACUCCCCGAUUCUUCAACCCCCGAUCCUCUCACUCUCCCCCAACUCGGUGGCGCUACGACGGCCAUAUAGAUCCCCCUUCAACCCGCUCAAAGAAGUCCCCUUGUCUUAAGUUUAAGCGAACCAAGUGCAAUCCGAGUGCAGGAAUUGAACUCUCCCAGCUCUGAGUCUAAUUCUCUGAACCCCACCCCCUAAAACACCCAAUUUCGAUUCAACGAUUUCUUUUAGCACUUAAGAUUAGCAAACUUUAUUAUUAUCAUUUUUUUUUGACAUUUGUUAAAUCGAAAAUUGCUUAGCUUAAUCCCUAAAAUUAUCAUAAAUAAAUACAAUUUAUAUAUGUAUAUCUAUC